UUCCCCGGGCAGAUGCGUUUGAUCGAUCACUUCACGGCUUAGCAAAUUAAUCUCUGAUAACGAAGAUAUCAGAUGUGUUUCGAAUGGCACCGAUAAGGCUCUAGCGUACAGGCAAUCGCUGGUCAUUCAAAGAUUAGGUUUUGUUUACGAUUUAGUUUUUAACCGGAUUGUCAACGGUGUAUUCACAAUUUCAUCUUAACAGUAGUCAGUGAUCUAACUUGGACGAACCAAGUACCGUCUGGUUUUGUGACACAAGUGUGAUAUUGCACCUGCUUUGUAAUCAAGUGAUAAUGCUGCAAUUUGUGCUAAAUGCUAUUCAACGUAAAAGACAGUAUGUUGCCGCUUUAGUGGCAAACCUCUCGAUCGCCUGUAUGGGUGCCAGUAUGGCGUGGACCUCCCCGGUCGAGCCGAAGCUGAAUAACCUGAACGAAUCUCCUUUGUCUCGGAUUCCAACCGCAUCCGAACUGUCCUGGAUAGGAUCGAUCCUAACGCUAGGAUCUCUAACCGGUCCUGCAUUUGCCGGUAUUGUCGCGUACCGGUUCGGUAGAAAGCUCGCUAUGCUAUCCAGUGCUGUAUUCUUCCUGUUGGCGUACGUACUUUUCCUGACCGCGGCAUCCGUGAUACAGAUUCUGGUGGGUCGAUUUCUACAAGGAUGCGGCAUUGGGUUUGCGAUUACCAUCACACCGUUGUAUGUGGCCGAGAUUGCAACGGCUAAUCGACGAGGUUCUCUGGGUUCACUGGUUCAAACCUUCAUCACGUUAGGGUUGCUGUUUGACUACGCCAUCGGGCCAUACGUCAGUUAUACUGCUUUCCAGUGGAUUCAUAUGAUCCUACCGAUCGUGUUUAUACUGGCGUUUACGCAGAUGCCUGAAACACCGCAAUUUUUCGUGUCGAAAGGAAAUUAUGCAGCCGCAGCUCGAUCCCUAUCGUAUAUCCGUGGAGAACCGAUGUCGGAACUACAGCACGAGUUUGACUCAAUCCAGUAUUCGGUAGAAGAAUCCAUGCGAAAUCGAGGAUCAUUUCGAGAUCUUUUCCGAGACCACGCGAACUUACGAGCGUUGACGAUUUGCACCGGAGUGGUCAUCUUCCAGCAACUAUCCGGUAUUAAUCCGGUACAGUUCUUCACACAAACGAUCUUCGACAAAACCGGCACCGGUCUGCGGGGUGACAUAUCCGCAAUUAUACUCGGAAUCUUUCAGGUUGUGGCCAGCAUUGUGACGGCUCUGAUCGUCGACCGAGUAGGACGGCGUCCAACUCUUCUAAUCUCCGCACUUGGCAUGUGCUGUGCUCUCUUCGCUCUUGGAGUUUACUUCUUUUUGGACGCCACUGGUAUGGAAAAUCUCGAACAGAUAUCUUUCCUACCGGUAGUUUCACUGGUUUUGUUCGUCGUCAUGUUCUGCACUGGCUUUGGCCCGAUUGCUUGGGUUCUGCUGGGGGAGAUGUUUGCCCCCAGCAUAAAAUCCCUCGCGUCAUCGAUCGUGUCCUCCAUCUGUUGGUUGAGCUCAUUUUUCGUCCUGUUCUAUUUCACCGCUCUGGGUGAAGCCGUUGGAACCCAUUGGCUGUUCUGGAUCUUCGCCAUCUGCUGUGCGGUUGGAUUCGUGUUCACGUACGUGUUCGUAGUGGAAACCAAAGGACUUACUCUGCCUGACAUUCAGGCUCGACUCAAUGAAACUACGCCGGUGAUUGCUGGCAAUAAAAGCUAAGCUGCUGUACAAA